CAACAUGGCGGACGGAGUGUUAAAAAUGACAAAAAUCAUUAUGGCAAGUAAUUGAUUUUAAUUCGAAAUGUAUGGUGGUCCUCGUCGUCCGAACUUCUCGCCUUUUCAAGGGCGAGCGAGAGCACCUCAUCCUAACUUUAGACCGCGCUUCGAGAAUCCGGCUUCUCUUCCUCCUGGUCAAAUGAUUUAUCCAUCUCAAAGACAACGAUUUCCAUCCUCAUCACAGAGGCAGCAGUUUAUGAAUAAUCCUGGUCCAUCAGGACCGAGACCAGGUUUUCAACCAAGACCUUUCCAGGCAGGUGGACCCAGACAACGCUUUCCACAAACGGAAUAUUCUGGUCAACCGAGAUGGCCCCACAGGGGUAGAGGAGGCUUCAAGAGAAGAGACCAAGAUUCACCGGGAAUUGAAGCUUAUUACAGGCACUCAAUGGUUGAAAAUCCAUGGAGAGAGCUUGAAGAAAAAUACAAAGACAGAAUUCAACAAGAAUGAAUGGCUUUUGAACUGUUCGCCAUUGUAUACGAACAUUUUUUAAAGAAAAAAUUUUUUUUUGUAUAUAUUUAAAAAAGAAACAUUUGUGAAACAUUUGAGGAAGUUUCAAUUAUCUUAGCUUUCUAUGUACACAAUGCUUCUUUGAAACCCUGAGAAUAGUGCGAAUAGUCUUUGAAAGCACACUUAUGUUGAUUUAAGUUUAGUUUGCCAAUAAAAAUCAAGUU